AUGUCACCGAUAAGUAUAACAAAUGACAGUUCCCUACAUUUCUACUUGGAGCUUAAGCGUAGGGAUUCACGUAUUACAGCCUAUGCUUUGCGUGUUGUUGUGUCUGAGAUUACAUACUCCACAGCAAAAGAUUCUGGAUCAAACGAUGCAAGAGAAUGUGGUAUGUAUUCACAUCAGAGCAUUGAGACACAACUAUCCCCCAUCGAGAUGUUUGUGGAAUCCCCAAAAAUGAAUGGUUUCAUUUCGAGCAUAAAUAUAUCGCCAGUUGAUACAUUUUACAAUGAUGUUGACGAAAUGGAUGGUGUGGUAUACAAGUCAGACGUAAGGGAAUAUGUUUUGAAAUGUGACGUGGUAUCUUGCAAGUGGAUAUUUACAGCUUCAAAAAUAGGUGAGACUGAUAUGUUUAAGAUACGAUAUAUCCGCAAUGAGCAUAAUUGUUCGCUGGAUGUCAUUAUAUGUGAUCACCGCCAAGCAAAUAGCGCUUUAAUAGAUGAUUGUUGUGGAAAAGCUUGGAGGGCCCGAAAAUUCUUGGAGGCCCGGGAAUACGCACUCGAGGUUCUAACGGGUGAUCCCGAUGACGCAUACGAAAAAUGUCCACUUUUCAUGAACGAGCUUCAAGAAAGAAAUCAUGGUUCCGUAAUAGGAGUUGAAGUCGAUGCAGAAGGACACUUCAAGUAUGCCUUUAUAGCCCUUGGAGCAUGCAUACGAAGAUGGCGGAAAUGCAAGCCGUUUGUAGUUGUAGACGCAACAUUCCUUACUGGAUGUUAUCGAGGAAGCUUAUUCACGGCUUGCACGAAGGAUGCAAACAACGGUAUAUUGGUCCUGGCUUUUAGUAUUGGAGAUUCAGAUAGCAAUGAUUCAUGGAGUUGGUUCUUACGGAAGUUCAAGGAAGCGUACGACGAUCGUGAUGAGAUGUGUUUUAUAUCGGACCAACACCUUAGUAUUGAAUAUGCCGUUCGUGACGUAUACCUGAACACUAUGCAUGGGUUUUGUGCUCACCAUUUGUUACAGAACAUCAGGAAAGCAUACGGGUAUGCGGGGAAGAAUAUCACGAAACCAUUUAAUGCUACAGCGAGGGUGUACACGAAGUAUGAAUUUGAGUAUCAAAUGAAACAGCUUGAUCAGAUAAAUGUUGGGAUUCAAAAAGACUUGGAAAAUAUUGGAUUUGACAAGUGGUCAAGAUGCCACGCACCGAGGAAUAGGUUCACAGCAAUUACAUCAAAUAUCGUCGAGUCGAUGAAUUUGGUGAUCAAGCUUUUCAAGAAAUGUCCAGUAGAUUACCUGUUCAAGUCGCUACGACAUAUCUUGCAAGGAUGGUUUCAUAAGAACCGAACUACUGCAAAUGGAACAUUUACGCGACUCGCUGAGAAGCAGGAAAAAAUUUUAAGACAAAAUGCGAAGAUGUCGUUGAAGCUUAAGAGGGAAAGACAUGAAAUACAUAUAUUACUUGGCGGGUAUGAUAUGCACAUGCAACAUAUUUCAAAUAGACUGAAUACCAUGCCUGCUUUGGCUGUGAUAAGUGAGAAUGGGGAUCAGCCUUACAGGUAUUGCUCGCACUACAACACAAAGGAGGCAUAUGUGGCAACAUAUGCGACUGACAUAUUUUCGUGGAGUGAUUCUGAAAAUUGGAGUAUGGUGAAUAAUGGACCUCAUUCACGUAUCCUACCACCUAUAUCAAAGAGACCACCUGGGAGACCGAAGAAUUCUAGGAUGUGUACAAGGCUACAGUGUUUAAAUCCAAGCAUGUGUGAACGAUGUGGAGGCAAGGGACAUAAUAAGAGAACGUGUAGGCAACCUUUCCCGUUAUGUCACGUGAGAAAGCAAAAGCGUGGUGACUGUAUGAAAAGCUGA